AUGAAUGAAUCGCGGGCAACUAUAUCAAGCUUUUUUGAAGGCGAUUCUUCAAUUUCAAAACGAUCAAAUUCAUCAAGAAGAUCGAAUAAAAGCAAAAUUCCAAUAAAAAUCGUACCAAAAUCAAUUCGUAAAAUCAACUCUGAGGAAAAUUCAGAAAUAUCACAAAAUACAGUGAAAGAAAAUGAUAAACAAUUGGAUGACAUUGAGAAUGAAGAGAAUGAUGUCGAAAUUUACGAAGAAUAUAAAAAAUUGCAGAAAGAUAUUGAUAAAUUAGUACGAUAUAAACAACUAAAAGAGCGAGAAUUGUCUGAACUUAAAACAAAGUCGCAGAAAGAAAUCCAGAUAUACUUAAAGAAAAUAGAAUAUUUGUCAAAUACUUUUAAUAAUCCAGAAAUGAAUCAAAAUAAGAAAAAAAUUUCAAGCCAAUCUGAAUUAUCAGAGGUAUUAUCUGCCGAAAAGGAAUCAUUUUUAUCAGAAAUUCAUGAUACUGAUUCUGAUUUAACAAAACAGAAAAAGUUCAGCAAAUUUAUAGAUCAGCUUGAAGCAGUAUACACUAAUAACUAUAAUACUAUGAAAUAUGAUUUAGAAGAACAGAAAUUGAAAGCAAUUACAGAAGCUAAAAAGAAUGCGAACAAUGCAAUUCAAGAAACAGAGAUGCAACAUGCCACUGAGAUGGAGCAACUUCAGAACUACUAUCAAAAAACUACUCAGGAACAAUUGGAAACAAUAAAAGACUUGAAAUCAAAAAUUGCCCGUUUGAGACCACAAGAUACACAACAAACACAAGAAUUCGAUAAUUCUGAAAAGAAGAAAUCAGUUCUUCUUCUAGAAAUUGAAAAACUUCAAAAAGAAAAUAACGAAUUAAAAUUAAAAACUCAAGAUGCAGAUAAACUUUCAGCAGAACUUAAAAAAGUUACAGAAGUUGUUGAAGAACUAGAAGAUGAAAAAGAAAAUGAAUUAAUUGCAGAUGAAGUAUUAUCAAAAAGAUUCGAACAAUUAGAAGAAGAAAGAAAUGCGAUGUAUGACCAAUUUGAAGCAAUGAUCAAAGAUGUUCAUCAGAAAGCAGAGUUUAGAGGAUAUAUCCUUGCACAGAAGAUACAAAAGAUGAAUGAAAUGCUUGAUAGCAAAGAAAGACAACUUCAAACAUCAAUUGCAAAAGGAAGUGUUGGAAAUGCAAUGCAGGUAAAGAUAGAUCAAGCUCUUGCAGAAAAGAAUUCAAGAAUUAAUCAAUUAGAAUCUCAACUAAUGAAUAUGCAUAACGCAUAUGAAAAGAUGACUGAUAUGUAUGAGGCCAAAAUAGCAUCUUUUGGUGUUGAUAAUAAUGCUUCAUAA